AUGUUUGAACACAUCAGCCUCAUGACCCUGGAUAGUCUGCAGAAAUGUGUCUUCAGUUUUGACAGCAAUUGUCCCAGUGAAUAUAUUGCUGCCAUCUUGGAGCUCAGUGCCCUCGUGACAAAACGGCACUUUCAGCUCUUCUGGUACUUGGACUUCCUGUACUAACUCACCUCUGAUGGACAGCACUUCCAUAGGGCCUGCCACCUGGUGCACAACUUCACAGAUGCUGUCAUCCAGGAGCGGCGCUGCACUCUUCGAUCAGGUGCUGCGGACUUCCUCAAAGCCAAGGCUAAGACCAAGACUUUGGACUUCAUUGAUGUGCUCCUGCUGACCAAGGAUGAAGAUGGGAAGAAAUUACCAGAUGAGGACAUUCGAGCUGAAGCUGACACCUUCAUGUUGGAGGGCCAUGACACCACAGCCAGCGGCCUCUCCUGGGUCCUGUACAACCUCGCAAAGCACCCAGAAUACCAGGAACGCUGCCGGCAGGAGGUGCAACAGCUCCUGAGGGACCAGGAACCUGUAGAGAUUGAAUGGGACGACCUGGCCCAGUUGCCCUUCCUGACCAUGUGCAUCAAGGAGAGUCUGGGCUUGCACCCCCCAGUCACGAUCAUCUCCCGCUGCUGUACCCGGGACGUUAUGCUCCCUGAUGGCCAGGUCAUCCCAAAGGUUCUGGCAAUGAUUAUCAGUAUUUUUGGGAUCCAUCACAACCCAUUGGUGUGGCCAGACCCUGAGGUCUAUGACCCAUUCUGCUUCAACCCAGAAAACGUCAAGAAGAAGUCACCUCUGGCUUUUAUUCUCUCUGCAGGGCCUAGGAACUGCAUUGGGCAGACAUUCGCCAUGGUGGAGAUGAAGGUGGUCCUGGCGCUCACAAUGAGCCGCAGGAAGCUGAAGCUGAUCCUGCGCGCGCGCGCGGAGGGCGGACUCUGGCUGCGGGUGGAGCCGCUGAACUCGGGCCCUCAAUGA